CAACCUGAUAGCUCCUUCUCAUCUAUUAUUGAGCCUUGUUCUUCUUCUUCCUCCUUAAACUUUCAUCCCUCACCAACUACAUUAAACUACACUUGCUUCAACCACAAGCCUCUUCGUUUUACAAGACUACCAUCUCCACCACCCUUUCCUCAACAUCAUCAUCAUCAUCAUCCUAAACUAACCGCCUCCCGUUGUCUGAAUGUCUUUCCAAGGCCCGCUUGGCACAGGUUGAAGCUCUGCUUUCGUUCCUUUUCUCUCAUGGCCGCCCAUGAUGAUCUCUCCGUUCAUCUUCCCACUGAAUUCAGAAAGAAGAAAUUCAUUGGACAACAGAGGAGGGAGGAACUUGAAAGAGAGGUUUCUGUGCUCCACAAAAUGCUGGCUCAUGAACAGAAGGUGCACGAAUACCUGGACCGGCUCCAGCAUCGACAGAACGGUUCUGCUCUCACUAUUCCAAACUUUCUACCACCAAAAAUGAAAGAGAUACUAGCUGAACUAGCAAUGGUAGAAAACGAGAUAACUCGAUUGGAGAGCCAGAUCAAGCAGCUCCGAUUUGAUGUGAAGCACGAAAAGGAACUCAACAUCGAAACCAAGUACAAGGAAUGGGGGCGCGGAGCUCUUAAGAACCACCGUGAGUCGUCUCCUCUCCCACCAAAUCCGAACAACGUUGGCAAAAGGUCGAACGACAAGGUAACGUUUGAGACCAAGGCCCUGCAUUUCAUCAGCAAGGCCAUAAAGGGAGACUAUCACAUAAGUGACUUUAGCAUGAACGAAAAAACGAUGAACUCAAAGGGAUUUCCCAGCCAGAAGGAGAAUGCAUAUAAUGAAGAGGGACCGACGUUUCGUGAAAAGGUCUCAAAACGCAGCGGUAUCAUCAAAGCCCCCUCCCCCUUGAGAGAGCCAAGAAAUCCAACUCCGAGAAGGGACCGUUAUCUCGACAUUCCCACUGAUAUUCCAUCGAGAGUUCUCUCAACUCCGUUGCACACAGAAGACGAGAACGUCCACAGAUGGCCGCCAAACAAGCUAUCCGAGAACAUAAUGAAGUGUCUCAUUUUCAUCUUCGUCAGGCUGCUCCGGACGUCUAGAGUGAUGGAGCUAGAGAAAUCCGGGCCCAUUGCCCGUUCUACCAACUUUUCCCUGAGUUUCAGGGCAGAGACAGGCUCGAGCUCGAAAACGAGCCUCAUGUUUCAGAAAGACUCACGACAGCAAGAUCCUUAUGGUAUCUUUGACUCAGAAGAGUCUAUUCCGAGGGACAUCGGCCCUUACAAGAACUUAGUCAGAUUCACGUCGAGCUCCAUUGACCUGAAAUGCAUCCAGAACUCGAGCUCAGUUCCUCUAUUUCAGAAAUUAAAGGUGUUGAUAGAUGGUCUUAAGAAGGUGGACUUGAGGUUCUUGAGUCAUCAGCAAAAGCUGGCCUUUUGGAUCAACAUGUACAAUGCUUGUAUCAUGCAUGGAUAUCUUCAAUAUGGAGUUCCCUCUGUUUUCAGCCCUGAGAACCUGCUAGCAUUAAUCAACAAGGCUACUCUGAACAUAGCCGGCAACACCAUAAAUGCUCAAGCGAUUGAACAUUUUAUCCUGAGAAAACCCGACGACUCACUAGUCAAAGAGAUUCUUGGCAAAGGUGAGAAUGAUGGUAAAGAAAUGAUCGUUCGCGAGCUCUAUGGGCUUGAAACGCCUGAUCCCAACAUCACAUUCGCCCUGUGCUGCGGCACUCGCUCGUCUCCAGCUGUUAAGAUAUACACGGCUGAUGGCGUGACAGCUGAGCUGGAGAGAUCGAAGCUGGAGUAUCUGCAGGCAGCAAUAAUAGUGAAUAGCUCAAAGAGAAUCGCGCUGCCGGAGCUUCUGCUGAGGAACAUGAACGAUUUCGCGGGCGACAGGGAGACGCUGAUGGAGUGGGUGUGCCAGCAACUGCCCACCUCAGGCUCUCUGAGGAAAUCCAUCGUGGAUUGUUUCAGGGGAUCAGGUCAUAGUGGCAAGGCAUCUGCAGUUGUGGAGAAAAUACCCUAUGAAUUUGAGUUCCAAUACUUGUUGGCCAUAUGAUCAAUUUAUAUUAGUCUCCGAUUUUUGUAGUUGAAUAAAUUGGCAACUACGCUAAUUAAGGCUUGUCCCUUGUAUUCUUCUCUUUCUUCAUUGUUAGAGAUAAUUUUUUCUUUGAAAAAUAAUGUCCUUUCUUACUCAUUUAACUAAUUAUAUAUAUACCAUCAA